AUGUUGAGGAGCUUCUUAUGGGUGGCUGUGGUCUUUUUUGUCACUAAUGUAGGGGGAGUUUAUGAAGAUGCAAGGUGUAAAUGCGUUUGUGUCGAUCACUCCGUUCCAAAAGUAUCGAACGAGUCAUCAGCGGAACCAAAACGAUCAGUUUAUGUUAAAUCAAUUUCAUCUGAUAAAUGGUAUAAACGCUUAUCAGUGAUGAAUUUUAGCACCUGUCCCAUAAUGCUGGAAGACAAAUCCGAUCUCUGUCCCUAUUGCGAUUGUAAAUACCAGGUUCGGAACACUACAACCAUCAAGGUUGUUGUAAUAUUGAUUGUUGUCAUCCUCUCGACCCUCUCACUCUACCUUGUGUUCAUGCUUAUUUUGGAACCUAUCUUCGCAUCGCGCGGCCGCAAAACCCCGCUAGAUUCUGCUCAACCAAACUUAUUUUUGCCACCCAAAGCCAUACGCUCAGUUCGCAGCUACGUGUUACCGUCUCAAAGAGCCAGUGGCUUUGGCGAUCUUCGUGUGGAGGGAGUCAGUGAUGAAGAGGCCUCGGGAUCGAGGGACGUGGUAGGACGGAGAGGUGCAAACGCGGUUGUUAGUCGCGCUCGUGAACACCAAUCUCGCUGGAAGGGUCGCAUUGAAGCCCAACGAGAGCGCGUCUUCAAUGAGCGCACUAUCCUCAACUAA